AUGGGCAAGCUACCUCCUCCAUUCUAUAUUCUGGCAGUAGUUGUACUGGCUUGUGGUGGUAUUCCAAAAGGCUACGACGAGGGUGGUUUCAGCGCUAGCAUAACUUUACCUGCUUUCAAGAAUGACUACAACUUGAACAAGGCGGCCUGGAACAACAACGCGACCGGGCUGGCCAACCGCACCGCAAACAUUAGCUCUUUGGGAGUCUUGGGUGCCGCCGUAGGUGCUCUGAUCGCAUACUUUUUGAACGACAAGAUUGGGCGAUUGUGGUCUUACCGCAUCGCGAUUGUGAUUUGGGCCAGCGGGAUCUUGAUGCAGGUUUUCUCCUCUGGUAUCUUCGAAUUGUUGCUGUUUGCCAGGAUAUGGGGAGGACUCGGCGCAGGCGGUCUCACUGUCAUCGCACCACUUUUCCUGUCGGAGAUCGCACCUACAAGCGUUCGAGGAAUGAUUGUCAGUAUGUACAUGGUUGUACUGUUGAGUUUCCUGGCCUUGGGAUUCUUCAUCAACUACGGUGUGAGCAAAACAAUGAGUACUUCCAGGUCGCAAUGGCAGAUCGUCCAGGCAAUUCCACUUGUUCCGAUGGGUUUUGCCUUCUUCAGCUCGUUCCUCAUUCCCGAAAGCCCCCGCUGGCUUGCCACUAGAGGUGCCAACGAGGAGUGCCUCGCUGCUCUAGCUCGAUUUCGUGGCUUGUCCGGGGAUAGUGCAGAGUUGAUUGCGGAAUACGAAAGAGUCCAAAUCGAGGCCAAUGCGCUCGUAGAGAUGAAGAGCCUAUCUUUGCUAGAGACAGCCAAAGAGUGUUUGGCUGAUCCAAAUCUGCGUAGUCGGUAUUUCCUGGCCGUUGCAAUGCAUACCAUUGCACAAUGGACUGGAGGAAAUGGUAUCACUUAUUAUAUCAGCGACAUCUUCCAGUACGCCGGUGUCAAAGGACCUCAGACGUCUCUAAUCACCUCCGGCGCUUAUGGCAUAGUUAAGCUGGUCAUUACAAUGAUCUUUGCUUGGGGCUUGAUUGACAAGCUUGGCCGAAGACGCUGUUUCACCACGGGACUCAUUUUACAAGGCGCAACACACAUUUAUAUGGCCAUCUAUUUUGGAGCCAUUGGCCAAGGAAACCAGCAUGCUUCUAACGCUGCUAUCGCCUGCGUAUUCAUCUAUGCCAUCGGAUGGUCGCUCGGUCUCUGCACAAUUCCAUACAUCUAUUGCUCUGAGAUCUUCCCGACAAAGGUACGUAGUUUCGGAUAUGCGACAACAAUGGGACUGCACUGGUUCUGGCAGUUCGCUGUCGUACGAGUGACCCCAGUCAUGUUGGCUGCCUUGAACAAAUGGGGAGCGUAUACCUUCUGGGCUUUGGUUUGCGCAAUCGGUCUCGUUAUUUUGAGGUUGUGGGCGCCAGAGACCAAGGGUGUGCCACUGGAGCGCAUGCAUGAGCUAUUUGAAAAGCCUUGGUACAAGUCCGGGGCAGCCAAGCUUGGGUACCUAGAGGACAGCAUGUGUGAGGGAAAGGGUGACGAGAAGGUUUCGGUUGAGCACCAGGAGAUCAAAGCUUGA